AUGGUGAGAAUCAAAAUCACGAGCGCUUAUGUUAUGGUAGCCAUAGCAGUAUGGAUGGUGCUUGAACCAACUCUCGCCGCAAAACCAGAUGUAAGUUUCGACAUCGAAGGUGCUACAAUAGCUAGCUACUCGCAAUUGUUGACUGAUGUACGUAACAUAGUGAGGGAUAGAAAGAUUGUAUAUGGUGGGCGCCCCGAUUUACCAGUAAUGGCGAAACCUUCAGCAGCAAAAAAUUAUUUGUAUGUCGAUUUGACAGCAUCAGGGGGAAGGACAAUCACAAUUGCUGUGAAUUUAAGAAAAGAUUAUAAUUUAUAUGUGGUUGCUUAUCUUGACAAAAUUAAUGGAAACUUUAGGUCACAUAUUUUUAAAGAUUUUGCCAAGAGUUACCCUGCUGAUGCUGAAAAGAAUCUCUUUCCAGAGGCGAAAGUUAAAGCUGAUCGUCUAGUUAUGCAUUAUGAAAGUAAUUAUGCUGAGGUUGAGAGUAAGGCAGGUUCUAGAGCCAAUUUGGGAUUGGGAAAACAACCACUAAUCUUAUUCUUUAACAAAGUUUAUGGGCAGCCCAUUGUUGAUACGAGUGAAGCUCGAUUUAUGCUCGUUGUUAUGCAAAUGCUUUCCGAGGCAACACGAUUUGCAUAUAUCGAGAGAAUGAUUGUGGAAAAUUUUGAGAAAGAAACUGAUGAAUGCUAUAAACCCGACUUUAAAACGAUCGAAUUUGAAAAGACUUGGAAGAAGAUCACUGUAGGAAUUAAGAAUUCUAAGGGAGGUGAAAUCAAGCCGCCACUAGAUUUAAAGGAUCCUGAGGAUAAUCCUUGGCCAGUGUCCAGUGUCGAAGAAAUUGCUAGAGACAUGGGGCUUCUAAAGAACGAAGGCGCUACUACGACCGCUAACAACCGAGUAUCUCUGGCACUAGUCAUCAAUAAAUUACAAAGGCAUUUCAACCAGUUCAUUAGUUUUUUUAAAGCCAACAAUGGUGAUGAUGAUUAUGAGGCUGAACUGUGA